AUGGUAGAUCCAGCAAAGAUAGAAAUAGUUAGUGAUUGGGAUAGGCCCACUUCUCCUACUGAGGGAUUUACAAUGUAUUGUUAUGCUUCAGGUGCUGUCUUGGGUUGCAUUUUGAUGCAGCAGUAUAGAGUUAUUAUAAAUGGUUCCUGGCAGCUGAAGCUAGGCAGGGUACUUGCUUGUGUAGAGGCUAGGUCUUUCUUGAUGGAGCAGAUUCAGGCACAGUUUGAGGACCCACAUCUAAGGGUGAUUCGUGAUAAGGAACACGUGAUAUCCAAGGAGGGUAUCAUGGUAGAUCUGGCAAAGCUUAAGGCUAUUCGUAGUUGGGCUAGGCCUAUAUCUACUAUGCAGAUUCGGAUCUUCAUCAGAUUGACCGGUUAUUAUAGGCUCUUCAUCGAGGGUUUCUCUACUAUUGUAGCCUCAUUCACCCAUUUGAACCAUCAAGAUGUCCCCUUUGUGUGGUCUAAGGAGUUGCUUACCACCACUCUUGUUUUGACUCUUCUAGUUAAGGGAGAGAGUUUUUCAGUAUAA